UCAUUCAUUAUUCUCUAAGAAACUAUACAUACAAACAUUUCUGAAUCUAUAUAUGUCUAUUUAAUUAGUCAUUAACUUAUAACCCACUUAUAUAUAUAACCAACCCACACACACACAUAUUUCAUUUCAUUUCAUUUAGAGAGAGAUAAAGAGAAAAAAGGAAAUGAGAACAAGAAGCAUGAUGUGCUGUGAUAAAAGAAGAAGAGGAGAAAGAGAGAGUAAUUUUGUAAGUGAGAGAAUGUCACACAGCCGGAAAAGAGCAAAGUCAUCGGCCGGAACGCCGGUGACAACCACCGUUUCCGGCCAGUGUGAUUUCCUUGACAGACUCCCAGACGACAUCGUUUUGUUCAUUCUUUCCAAACUUUGCUCCACUGCCUCUUGUCCUUCAGAUUUCAUCAGCGUUUUGUCAACAUGCAAGAGAUUAAACGUGUUAGGCGUGCACUCCCUCGUGUUAGCAAAAGCAUCUCCCAAAACCUUCUCUGUAAAGGCCAAAAACUGGUCGGAAUCUUCUCACCGGUUUUUAAAACAGUGCUCCGAUGCCGGAAAUGUUGAGGCCUGUUACACUCUUGGCAUGAUUCGGUUUUACUGUCUGGAAAACCGAGGCAGCGGAGCGUCACUGAUGGCAAAAGCAGCGAUUAACUCACACGCGCCGGCUUUGUACUCACUAGCGGUGAUUCAGUUCAACGGAAGUGGAGGUACAAAGAAUGACAAGGACUUGAGAGCCGGUGUCGCGUUAUGUGCACGCUCUUCAUUCUUAGGCCAUAUCGACGCGCUCCGUGAGCUAGGACAUUGUCUCCAAGACGGAUACGGAGUCCGACAAAACAUAACGGAAGGACGACGGUUUUUAGUACAAGCAAACGCGCGUGAGCUAGCUGCAGUGUUGUCGACAACACCGUCGUCUUUGAUAUCCGGAAACUGGCUGACGUGGAAUCCGUUACCACACUUACGUCAUGGCAACGUGGUGGGCCCUGGAUGUCCUUUGUUGAGUGAUUUUGGGUGUAAUGUUCCGUCGCCGGAACCACAUCCGGCGAACCGGUUUUUAUCUGAUUGGUUUGCUGGAAAGGAGCUUGGACCGGGUUUAAGGCUGUGUUCACAUGCCGGGUGUGGUAGACCGGAAACCAGACAGCAUGAAUUUAGGAGAUGUUCGGUUUGUGGGAAUGUGAAUUAUUGUUCUCGCGCGUGUCAAGCACUCGACUGGAAGAUGCGUCAUAAGAUGGAAUGUACACAGGCUGAAAGAUGGGUGGAUGAUGGUGAAGGUGAACAUAACGGAGGAAAUGUUAAUGAAGAUAACGGAAUGAUUGUUGAGAGUUAAAAAGAUCAACGUUAGUAACGUCAACGGUGUGGACUGAAGAAGCAAAUUUUUGUUUGUUUGGGGGUAGAAAUGGAAUUUCCAAAAAUUAUGCUUUCUUUUGACGUUGGCCGGAAUAUGAAGCUAGUAGUAGUAAGGAAAAGUUAAUUAAUCCACUUUCUUUUUUUUUUUUCUUUUUUCUAAGGGUAGCAAAUUUUGUACAAUAUAUCUAUGGCUGCCUCUUAAAAAAAUUAAAUGAAAUAUUCAUUAAGUAGUUUUAAAGAGUAAAA